AUGCCCAUCAUGAAGCUUCUCCUGGCAGUCAUCCUAUUUCCGUUUUGCGCCUCCGUUGUUACGGAUGUCGGAACCAAUACCUCGGAGGACUUGGGAACUCGCCAGCUGCUGCAGGAGGUCGCUCCCGCAGCCCGGGCUUCGGAUGCACCACCGAGGGCCGGGCUCUCGUACCUUCUCAAGGGCCUUGGUCCGGUCAGCCAUGUGGCAGUUGGCGAGGUUGGAUCGUGGAAACCCGAGUGCGGUAGCUCAUAUGGCCGGAGUGCGGUCGUCCGAAGCAUCCAGAAACAUGUCAAAGCGCUAGCGAAACGACCCGGAAACUGCUAUGUCGAGGCAAGAACAUGCGUGAAGCUGGCUUGUUCCUUCGAGGGGGCUAUCACGUGGUGCAACGACGGCGUGAGAGCCAUAUCCCGGCCCUGCGGUGACAUCGCCAAAGAUGCGAAGCGCGUCAUGACUCGGUGCAAGCGCGGGUAUGAGAAACUCAAAAUGGCCUGGACGCGCGGGCAGAAUUGGCAGGCAUGCAUCGAUUCAUAG